GCUGCGCUACGUCGGUUAAGAGGGACGACGAAUCGAAAUAAAGAAUAAGGAACGGUCCGGAAAUGGGGGAGCCGCAGGAGUACCUGGCGGACGGGACGCCCCUGAUCACGGCUGCGCAGCUGGGGAAGCUGCGGCUGGUGCGCCUGCUGGUGGAGGGCGGGGCCCAGGUGAACGAGCGCAACCAGCGGGGGGAGACGCCCCUGCUGGCGGCCUGUCGAGCGCUGCGCGGGGACCGCGGUGGCGGGGGCGGGGCUGCCAACAACGCUAACUCCGCCGCCAGCACUCUCCGGCUCCUCCGCUUCCUGCUGGAGAACGGGGCGGACCCCAACGCCCAGGACAGGGCGGGCCGGACCGCGCUGAUGUACGCCUGCAUGGAGAAGGCGGGGCCCGCGGUGGCCGCCGCCCUGGUCGGGGCCGGGGCGGACCCCAGCAUGGAGGACUACGCGGGGGCGUCGGCGCUGGUGUACGCCGUGAACGCCCGCGAGCCGGAGACGCUGCGCGUGCUGCUGGACGCCUGCCGCGAGCGCGGCCGCGACAUCAUCAUCAUCGCCACCGACCUGAGCGGCGGCGGCGCCGGCGGCGCCGGCGGCUCGCCCGUCACCCGCCGCUACCUGAACGUGCCGCCCUCGCCCGACCACUCGCCCGUCUCCUGCAUGUCCCCCUCCGAGAUCGAGCUCCGCAGCGGGGGCUCCCCGGGGUCCGAGAGCGAGGCGGGGGAGAACUUCUUCAACUUCCGGGGCACGGGGAAGAGGGGGAGCGGGGGAGGCGGGGCCGAGGGCGGGGCCGGGGCCGGGGGCGGGGCCGGGGGCCGACGCCCGCACGGGCAGCGCCUGCACUCGGAGCCCUGGCUGGCCAUCCACAACCUGGCGCACCUGCGCAGCUCCUACGAGGAGGGCCUGAGGCAGGCCGCCGUGCGCGAGGACGAGGAGGAGGGUGAGGAGGAAGACGAGGAGGAAGAGCAGCUCCGGCCGCACAAACCCCGGGACCCGAGGGUGCGGCGAAGAAGCUCCCUCCACCCCUACAGCGGCCUGGACCCCUGCUACUCUGACCCCCCGGGGACCAGGACUUCCCUAAAGCCGCUCCCCCCCGGGGGGGCCCUCCCACAUUUGGGCCGCAGGAACACCCUGUCCUGCCUCCAGGACACGCCCCUUCUCCAGCUGCCCUCGCUGACCCUGAACCACGCUGGGUCCGACUCCUACCUGCAGGCCCCGCCCCCUGGUACACCUGCUGUGGGCCCGGGGCACAGGAGAGAGCAGUACUCCAGCACCUGGUCUCUGGUCUCUACAGACUGUACCCCAGCGACCGACGCCACUGGCAGGAAGAAGAGCUUCCUGCCCCCUCUCCCCACCUGCCCCGCCGCUCGACCCCCAGCCCCCCCCCCCACCGCCACCGAGAUGUCCCCCAGGCCUCCGCAGACCAUGCCCAGGCUGGAGGGGUGGCGGGGCAGGAGGCUGCAGCGACGGCACUCCAUCCAGCUGGAGCCGGUGGGGCAGGUGGGGCAGGUGGAGCAGGUGGGGCAGGACCAGCCUGCUCGUGGGACCAGGACCAGCCUGCUCGUGGGACCAGGACCAGCCUGCUCGUGGGACCAGGACCAGCCUGCUCGUGGGACCAGGACCAGCCUGCUCGUGGGACCAGGACCAGCCUGCUCGUGGGACCAGGACCAGCCUGCUCGUGGGACCAGGACCAGCCUGCUCGUGGGACCAGGACCAGCCUGCUCGUGGGACCAGGACCAGCCUGCUCGUGGGACCAGGACCAGCCUGCUCGUGGGACCAGGACCAGGACCAGCCUGCUCGUGGGACCAGGACCAGCCUGCUCGUGGGACCAGGACCAGCCUGCUGGUGGGACCAGGACCAGCCUGCUCGUGGGACCAGGACCAGCCUGCUCGUGGGACCAGGACCAGCCUGCUCGUGGGGGUGACUCGUCACAAACGGGAGAGCGCGCAACCUUGA